CGUGGACACGGUCUGACGUGGUUAGUGGGAGUUGGUCAGUUGGACAGGACUGGCUGCGGUGGCUGCGCAGUGCUUUAUAAAUACCCUUGGUCCUGACACGGGGUUCCAGUGUUGAUCCAGGAGCUGAGGCAGGGAAGCAGGAAGUCUAUCUGGGUCACUAGCACCAUGCUGGGCUGCCAUCGCCACCUACCACUCCUCCUUUGGGUCACUGUGACGGCGAUCAGCGUGCUGGGACACACUGGCGACUUCAAGUUGAGGUCUCGGACCGCUUUUGCUUUGGCGGAAGAGGGCGACGAACGUCAGCUUAUCGACGACCUACGAGGGGUUUUGGAGAGAUUGAAAAACAACCGCUUUCUGCCUCACGCUAAGAAACACAACCUGUUGCCCAUGUGUGCCGCAGGAGAGCAGUGUGCGCUGAGGAAAAAGGAGCCCGGAUGGGGAAGCUGUGCGACUGUCAACAGCCCAGAGCCUGCAGCUCCUUCAUGCUGCGUUGCCUCUGACGGGAGCUGCCGUGCGGUUUUUUAACUGUUUUUUUGCAGCUUCGAAACGUCCUCAAAACCUGGGAAUGGGUGAGGACUGGGACUGGGUGUAACGCCACCGCGCCUAUAACUUAAUAGUGAUUAUCGUAUCCAUAUGUCUUUGAUGGCAGUUGCUAAAUGAUGUGUUAUUGUGAUUGUUGUGUGAUUAAAGCCAUAUUAACAAUGCUG